AUGAGUGAAGACACUCCCAUGCCAGAUGCACCACCUACCUCGACAGCUGUCGAUAACGAUACACCACCACCACCACCGCCACCAAAUACUACGUCCAGUGAAACUCCCGCAUUGGAAUCUUCAACAGAACCUACAACUACUUCAUCGGCACAAGAUCCAUCGCAACCCCUUGAUUCAACCUUGAACGCACCUGCUGUUCCUGCAUCAACACCAUCGGAAGCUCAAGCAGCACCCGAAUCAAUGAAUGCUGAAUCAACAGCACUUGUACCUGCUUCAGAGACGACUACUGUAUCAGCACCUGCUGCAGAACCUCUUACUUCAGAAUCCACUGCCGCGUCAAGUGCACCACCACCACCACCACCAGCAACAACAACAACAGAGUCAACAACACCAUCAAUAACAUCAUCGACUCCAGCACAAGAAGAAGAGCAACAACAACAACAACCUGAACCUGCAAAAGAACCAUCUACAUCAGAGGCUGCACCUGUACAGGAUCAUCCAAUGCCUACACAAGAAGCUACUACUGAAGAAGCAAAGCCAACGAUUACACAACAGGAACCAACACCAACCGCACAAGAAGCAACACCUGCUACUCAACAGGAAUCAGCAGCAGCAGCAGCAGCAGCAACAUCAUCAUCAUCACAAGAGACACCAUCAGCUGAAGCGACGCGUUCCAAGAUUGAGCAAGAAGCGCGUCAAUAUCUCGUGGAGCAAACUCAAAAAGUGGAUGUGCCAGAAUAUGCUUCAUGGUUUGAUAUCACCAAGAUCCAUGACAUCGAGCGUGUGUCCUUGCCAGAAUUCUUUACGGGUCGCAACAAGUCCAAGACACCCAACAUUUAUCAAGAUUAUCGUGAUUUCAUGAUCAACACGUAUCGAUUGAAUCCUAGUGAAUACUUGGCAGUGACGGCAUGUAGACGUAACUUGGCAGGUGACGUGUGUGCAAUCAUGCGAGUGCAUGCUUUUCUGGAACAAUGGGGUCUUAUCAACAGCGAAUGUGAUUUAUCAACAUGGCCAUCCACUGUGGGUCCUCCUUUUACGGGUCAUUUCCGAUUGACUGCUGAUACACCUCGUGGAUUGCAACCAUUUCGACCCAGCAUCAAAGCACAAGCAACAGCCAGCAAGAAUGAUGCAGCAGCUGAAUUAAGCAUGAAUAUUCAAUUGCGACAAAAGUUAUUUGAAGGCACCCAAAGCCAAGUGGAUGAUGCUCAAUGCAAACCUUACUACUGUGCAACAUGUGGAGCCGAUUGUACGCGUGAACGCUAUCACAGCUUGAAGACGAAGAAUAUGGAUAUUUGUCCCAUUUGCUACAAGGAAGGUCGUUUCCCUGCCACAGUCCUCAGCAGCGACUUUAUCAAAUACGAGCCUGUUCAAUUCCAACACAAACAAGAAGAGUGGACGGAUCAAGAAACAUUGUUGCUAUUGGAAGCUAUUGAGAUGCAUGAUGACGACUGGAACGCCAUUGCUGAGCACGUGGGUACGCGUACACGUGAGCAAUGUGUGAUGCAUUUCCUUCAACUUCCUAUCGAGGAACCCUAUUUGGCAUCGACGGCUGGAUCUUCAUCACGCACCCUUGAACACAAACGUACGCCAUUUUCACAAGCGGAUAAUCCUGUCAUGUCGAUUCUUGCCUAUCUUGCAUCCGCUGUGGAUCCCGAACUUGCCUCUGUCGCUGCUGAUUGUGCUAUUGAAUAUCAAGAAUCAGGCAACAAACGCAAACAGACCGACGAUAUGGAUAUCGAUCAAGGCAAUGGAAGCAAGAAACCACGCACAACAGUUGAAAAGGCUGCUGCAGUUGCAUUGGGAUCAGCUGCUGCCAAGGCCAAAUCAUUGGCAGGUAUUGAAGAACGUGAAAUCCGACGCCUGGUGCACUCGGUCAUUGAUAUUCAAGUCAAAAAGUUGGAUCUGAAGAUGAGCCAUUUUGAUGAAUUGGAUGCUGUAUUGGAAAAUGAUCUCAACAACCUCACUCAAUUACGCCAAGAUGUCUUUUUGCAACGCCUCGCUCUCAAAAAGGUCACCAAAUUGGUCCAGGAUGAAAUUGACAGUAAAGGCAACACUAUCUCAGCCGCGGUUGAUAAUGGAUUACGCCCACAGCACUUGCAAUCGAUCAUCAACGAACAUUGGCUCAAGGAACGAUAUAGAGCAACCACUAGUGAUAGGAUACCGGUAGAAAGUGAAGAGAAACCUUCCAUGCUUGCACUUUGA